GGCUUCAAUUGAGCGAGUGGGGAAGCAAUUUCGGUUCGUUCUCGGCCAAAUAAAUAACUUGCAACAAUCUAAGUUAUUUCGACAACAAAGUUAUCAAACGGUGAUUAAAAAGAUGGGAAGAGGCGAUCGACUAUCCACACUUCAGUGUUUAAAGGUGAUGCUAAUAUUUCUUCUCAUCAACGUGAUAUUUGCAGUUUUCCUUUACCAAAAACAAAACUUGAAUUCGAGUCUAGAGCAGUUAUACAUGUCAUUAGACAAAUCUGUAAUCGAAAAUUUAUUCCCGAGUUUAUUCCUUCCUAAAAGAAAAACUAUCCUGAUUUGGAACAGCGCACAUCGAAUCGAAACGGCAGCUUUCGGUAUCGGUCACGAGCCGUUCGUCCAGCACGGAUGCGAGAUUUCGGACUGCAUCCUUUUUGACAAUGCAACUUCACCAGAUUUGUUGCCGAUUGAAGAUUACGACGCUAUUAUCCUCCACAUGCACGAACUGUGGAUAACUGGACAUCCCAUUUACAAUAGACAAAAAUACCAACGGUUAAUUUUCCUAACGCAAGAAGCACCCACUACACUGGCUAUCGACGUUAACGAGAUGGGGAAUUAUUUCAACUGGACGAUGAGUUACAGGUUUAAUUCGGAUAUUCAGUUGCUCUACGGACGUAUCCAUCCUGGACCGACUGCUCCCAAAACUCGAGAAGAAAUUGAUCAAAUGGUAAAAGGUACGACGGUCAAAAACCACGCUGCAAAUAAAACCCAACAGAUCGCUUGGAUGGUUUCUCAUUGUGACACACACGGACUAAGAGAAACAUACGUCGCCCAACUCAGUAAAUUCAUCCCAGUAGAUAUUUAUGGCGGAUGUGGCAAUCUGACCUGCGAUCGAAAUGAGUCGCACUGGUUAUCGGAACCAAUGUGCUACACAAUGUUAGAAAAGAAAUACAAAUUCUACUUGUCGUUCGAAAAUUGCAUCUGCACAGAUUACGUCACGGAAAAGUUUUUUGAACUUCUAAACUACGAUAUAAUACCAAUCGUUUACGGUGGAGCAAACUACAGUCAACUUGCACCUCCCUAUUCCUACAUCAAUGCACUUGACUUCACGCCGGAGACAUUGGCACAGUACCUGAAAAUACUCGACGCUAACGAUACGCUCUACAACGAAUAUUUUUGGUGGAAGGAUCACUAUCGGAUCGAGUCUGGAGUAGAACAAAUGGCUCGGCAUGGGUUCUGUGACUUGUGCAAGAAACUUCACCAGGAUGAUGGUGUAACCAAGUACUAUCCUGAAUUACUAACUGACUGGAAUCCUGACACGGUGUGUAAGAAGGUGGAAUCUUGGGAUAUUCAUCCAGUAACACACCGAUUUUUUAAAUGGUAGUACAGAAGAAAAGUAAACCUAACACAAUUAAAAAAAAAACUGCUUAAAGAGUUUUUAAAAUAAACUUUGCUUCUCAUAUUUUUAAAUGUGCCUCAAUUUUUAAAGAUCUUGCUAAAAGACUCGAAUAAAAGCAUAUAGUGACUGUGUUUCUUGGUAAAGGGAUCUUUAAAGUUUAAAUAAUGGCUCCCACAAACAAAAAUACCAAUCCUUAACAGAA